AGGACAACCAGGAGAUGACUGGUGACCAUCAACAGAUAUAGGCCGGCCGUGCCGCGAUGCUCAUCCCACUGCCAGGCUGGGUGGCCCUGUGCAUCCUGCAGCUAGCCCUCGGCAGAACCCAGGAGUGCCUGAGCCACCAGCAGAUGCUCAGCACCGUGCGGCAGAUGCAGAAGCUGCUGUCGGCACAGGAGGCUGCCCACCUCCAGGGCACGCGCAGCCUCAAGAAGCAGCUCUCAGUGCUGCACAGCCGCAUCCAGAGGCUCGCUGGCAAACGUAACGACACCUGUCCGCAGCUGGCGGUGCCCUUGAACGGGCGGAAGCUGGGCCGCAGCACACGGGUGGGCCACGACGUUCACUUCAUCUGCAAUGCUGGAUUUCAGCUGGUGGGCUCGGAGUCGCGCACCUGCCGGAGGGACCGCACCUGGAGUGGCACCCAGCCCUUCUGCAGAAGUAUUGAUGAGUGUUCCAGCAACCCGUGUGCCAACGGUGGAAUCUGCGUGGAUGGCAACCAGAGCUACACGUGCCUGUGCCCACGGGGCUGGUCAGGAGCCGGUUGCCAGAGCCCUGUCUAUGCCUACUGGGUGACGCUGAGCAACUCGUCCUUCAGCCGUCAGCCCCGCUGUGCUGAGGGCCGCCCAGGCUCACGGCACUGCAGCUGUGAUGCCGGCUUCCAGAUGCGGGCAGGAGGUGUUUGCCAAGAUGUGGACGAGUGCCAGCUUUUCCAGCCUAACCCCCAGACCCGGAUCUGCCUCCACGACUGCCUCAACCUCCCCGGCUCCUACCGCUGCCUCUGCCCACCGGGGUACGUGCUCCAUGCCGACCGCAACACCUGCGAGGAUGUGGAUGAGUGCACUGGCAGCCGGCACAACUGCACCCACGGUGAGCUCUGCAUCAACACCUUUGGGGGCCACCGCUGCGUGCGCCCCAAGUGCCCCCCACCACGCCACAACACCAGCUAUGUCAAGACCUCCAGCUUCCAGUGUGAGAGGAACCCCUGCCCCACAGACAGCCGAGCAUGCCGCCUCGCCGCCACCUCCAUCUCCUUCCACUACCUGCCACUCCAGGCCAACCGCACCGUGCCCCGCGUCCUCUUCAAGAUGUCCACCACCCGCUUUGUGGGUGACAGCCUGCGCUUCACCAUCAUAGGUGGCCGGGGCCAGGGCGUCUUUGCCGUGCGGCGCUCCGACCGGCAGACGGGAGAGCUGGUGCUCAGCAGCCCAGUGGUGGGGCCAGCCACACUGGAGGUGGAGCUGGAGAUGAGUGAGUUCUCCCGCAAAGUGCUGCUGGGCAAGCACAUCUUCAAGGUCACGGCCUUUGUGUCCCAGUAUGAGUUCUGAGAUGCGGCUCUGCUGGAGGCAGAUGUGGCUCUAUCCUGGAGAGUGAUGGAGUGGGAUCAGCGUGGUGAUCUCAGCCCUCAUACCAUUAGAGGACUCCCGUUCUUGGAAUUGGCCUCAGUGGGUCCUUCCAACUCGGGAGGUGCUAUGAUAUCCUAGGAUUCCUCCUGCUCGCUCAUGGCUGUUAGAGCAUAGCAGAAGAACCCCUGCUCAUUGCUGAUGCUGCCUGGAGGAUUACAGCAGGAGGGGACCCGUCUGUGCCAGCCUGCUGUGCCUCCUCAUGCCUCGUACUCAUCCAAUAAAGGAAAACUGCCUGUAAGGAGGGUGUCUUUGCUCCGUGACAAACAUCUUUUGCAGGACCUGGCUAACACUCAGCCCCAUGGGCAGGCUGCAGGAACACCAGAAGCGCAGAGAGAGCAGCGGGGCUCACAGCUAGGCCGGUGCCAGCGGCUUUCUGUCCCCU